AUGAUACAGACCGCCAAUGUUAAAUAUAGUGGUCACAUCAACAGCCCCACCCCCGCCGCAAAACGCCACGGUUGGGCGGGGCUGCUCGGAUGUUGCGGGUGCGCAUGCGCGGCGCGCGGGCCGCCCCGCCCCGCCUCGCCCCGCCUCGCCCCGCCUCGCCCCGCCUCGCCCCGCCUCGCCCCGCCUCGCCCCGCCUCGCCCCGCCUCGCCCCGCCUCGCCCCGCCUCGCCCCGCCUCGCCCCGCCUCGCCCCGCCUCGCCCCGCCUCGCCCCGCCUCGCCCCGCCUCGCCCCGCCUCGCCCCGCCUCGCCCCGCCUCGCCCCGCCUCGCCCCGGGGCCGGGGAGGGGGUGUUGGUGGCUCCUCCCCGCGGCGCCAUGGGGGCCCCGCCCGCCGCCGGAGCGUCACGAAGGCGCCUGGACUCCUCCUCCUCCUUCUCCUCCUCCUCUUCCUCUGUCCGUCGCCGCCGGGAUGCCGAAGCUUAGCAAGGAGGCCAAGCAGCGGCUCCAGCAGCUCUUCAAGGGUGGCCAGUUCGCCAUCCGCUGGGGCUUCAUCCCCGUAGUGCUCUACCUCGGUUUUAAGAGGGGUGCAGAUCCUGGAAUGCCUGAGCCAACUAUCUGGAGUCUACUUUGGGGAUGAAGGAUGUGACGGUCCUGUUCUAAAACCAGCUGAUGGACAGAGAAAGUGUCUGAAGAUUCGUACAUUCCAGAGGAUGAGGCGGAUGCUUACACCAGCUGGCUCAAUCAGCUCGCUAAUGACAUAGGUUGUACAUACAACAAAAUGGAGUUUAUAUGGACCUAACUUAUUUGCACUACAGUGUAAUUAAAUAAAUACAAUUUGAAUGGA